AUGACUUUCAUCCGUGCAUUCUUUUUAUUGUUGACAGCAGUUGCUGCUGUUCCUGCCCCUCAGGCCGAAUCAUCGAGCCCAGUUUCAACAGCCGCCGGAACUGCUACAAUCUCUUCAGCGUCUUCGACUGCUACAUCCGUCUGCUCCGGAAACACUGCCAGUGAUCGUAGCGUUUGGUGCAACUACAGCAUUGACACCGACUAUUAUACUGGUGGCCCAGAUACUGGUGUGACAGUUGAGUACUGGCUCGAAGUAACUAAUGUCACACUUGCUCCAGAUGGCGUCGAGCGCAUUGUCCUUGCCGUUAAUGGGACUGUGCCCGGGCCCACACUCGAAGCGAAUUGGGGAGACACGUUGGUCAUUCACGUCCAAAAUAGCCUCACUAAUAAUGGAUCCGGCAUUCAUUGGCACGGCAUCCGUCAAAUGGGGACGAAUCAAUAUGACGGUGUACCAAGCAUCACGCAAUGCCCAAUAGCACCUGGCGACUCUUUGACAUAUACGUGGAAAGCCACCCAGUAUGGAACGAGCUGGUAUCAUUCCCACUACUCCCUCCAAGCAUGGGAGGGAGCUUUCGGGCCGAUCAUCAUUCAUGGACCAGCCACCGCCAACUACGACGAAGAAAUUGGCACAGUCUUCUUGAACGACUGGAGCCACAGCACCGUAGACGCUCUCUACACCUAUGCUCAGACUUCCGGCCCUCCACUUAUGGAUACUGGCUUAAUUAAUGGCAUGAACGUGUAUGGCGACGGAGGCUCCCGAUACGCAGCGAAUAUUGAAUCCGGAAAGAAAUAUCUGAUUCGGCUCGUUAACGGGGCUAUUGACACUCAUUUCAAGUUCUCCAUUGAUAACCAUAACCUCACGGUCAUUUCAAGCGAUUUCGUUCCAGUCACUCCUUUCAGCAUUGAUGUUUUGGAUAUCACUAUGGGUCAACGGUACGACAUUAUCAUAGAAGCAAACCAAGAUACCGCCGACUACUGGAUGCGCGCCAUUCCCCAGCUUUCUUGCAGCAAUAACGAUUCCCCCGAUAAUAUUCGAGGCAUCAUCCGCUAUGAUAGCAGUAGCACUUCUGACCCCACAAGUUCAGCAUGGGCCCAAGAUGAUGACUGCGUCGAUGUUGCCUUGUCAAGCCUAGUUCCUCAUCUUUCACAAGCAGUCGUUGAUCCAACAGGAGAUGAUCUAACGGUAACUGUCACCACGAACGAGGAGAAUCUGUUCAGGUGGCAGAUCGCCCUUGAAAGCAUGCAGGCACGAUGGGGAGACCCUACACUGAUGCAGGUCUAUGAUGGUAAUACGAGUUUUGAGGAUGCGGAGUGUGUGUAUAACCUUGCGGAAGCGGACCAGUGGGUUUACUGGGUCAUUGAGACGGCCAUUCCAGUUCCACAUCCCAUUCAUUUGCACGGCCACGACUUCUUCAUCCUAGCGGCUGCAGAAAGCGCAAGCUACGACUCCUCCGUGACCCUCAACCUCGACAAUCCCCCGCGUCGUGAUGUUGCAAAUCUCCCAGCUUCGGGGUACUUAGUCCUUGCUUUCAAAACCGAUAACCCAGGAGUUUGGCUCAUGCAUUGUCAUAUCGGAUGGCACACAUCCGAAGGUCUCGCGCUACAGUUUGUGGAGAGAGCGAGUGAGAUCCCAGCGUUGGUAAAGUAUGAUGUUGCAAAUGCGACCUGUGCAGCUUGGGAUACUUGGGUUAGCCAGUCAGGCAUUGUAGAGGAGGAUUCUGGUGUUUGAUUUCUCAUUCUGGGUUUAAAACGAAUCAAAGGACAAGUUUAAAUAAACUGAGGCG